UAAAGCAGACCGGCUAAGCUGGUGCGCGGCGCUGCCACUUUGUCGGGCGACUACAACGUGCCACGGUUUGUCUCCCGCUUUCCGUGAGAGAAGAGGAGAGGCACUUUUUCCCCGACGGACACCUCUCGCGCGGUGUCAUCCUCCGAGGCGCACGGUCGUCGGGCCAUGUCAUUUUGACGUGGAGUCGCGGGUGCGGUUGUAACACUCCUGGAGACGAUCCCGGCACGCGACUACGCACCUUUGCACGCACGGAGAAGACAAGGAUCCGAACUCGUGACAUAAGGCGAUGGCGAACCUCAUUAAUUCGACAUCACAGUUCAUCAGCGAUGCGUACGAUUACUACCUCUGGACGCUGUCCCUCGCAGACGAGAGGACGAGGGGAUGGUUAUUGGUUGACUCGCCGAAACCGACGUUAAUAUACACGAUGUUCUACCUCCUCAUCGUUUGGGCGGGUCCUAGGGUUAUGAAGAAACGAAAAGCCUUCAAAUUAACAUGGGCAUUGGUGCCCUACAACCUUGCCAUGGCCUCUCUCAAUGCUUAUAUUGCCAUUCAGUUGUUCGUAGCUUCCACAAGGUUACGAUAUAGUUAUGUAUGCCAGCCAAUAAGGCACAUCACCCGACCCGAUGAGCUUCAGAUCGCUAACGCGGUUUGGUGGUACUACUUUAGCAAGCUUCUGGAAUUUUGCGAUACGUUCUUCUUCAUUUUGCGAAAGAAGGACAAUCAGUUGAGCUUCCUCCACGUCUAUCAUCACUCCACCAUGUUCUCGUUAUGGUGGAUCGGCAUUAAAUGGGUACCGAGUGGAUCUACUUUCCUGCCGGCGAUGGUGAACAGCUUCAUCCACGUGCUGAUGUACUCGUACUACGGACUCACCGCGUUAGGCCCUUCGGUGGCUAAGUACCUCUGGUGGAAGAAGUACUUGACGAUCCUCCAGCUCAUCCAGUUCACGACCGCCUUGGUUCUGGGGAUCAACGGCAUCCGGUCGGGAUGCGACUUCCCCCUCUGGAUGCAGUACGCCCUCGUCAUCUACAUGCUCUCCUUCAUCGUCCUCUUCGGGAACUUCUACGCCAAAGCUUACAUCGCGAAGGGUAAACAGGUGUACGCGGAGAAGCGGCUCGAAAGGCUAAGAGCCGCCGGCAAAAUCAGCACGCAGCUCGACAGCGCGGUCAGCAAUGGGAAGGUCGCGAACGGGCAUGCGAACGGACACGCGAACGGCUACACGAACGAGACGUCCAAGAAGAAGCAAUGAGGCGAUUCUCCCCGAGGGCGUCCCGACCGGGAGGCCCGUUCCACGGCACUCGCGACGCACGACGCAGGAGGAAUAGUCACGGAUUUUAGUCGGCGUCGCGCGGCGCGCCGUGGCCAACGGGAGUAGAUUUUAGCAUUAAAAGAAAGAAAAUUAAUUAAAAAAAAACACGAAAACGGGGACAAGGGGAAAGAAAAGAAACGGAUUUCUCUCGCUUAGAUCCCGCACACACUGUCAGGUUUGUGCUUUCGCGAGACGAAAAUUUAGCACCGUGAUUCCAAAGUUAUCGGAUCAGCUAUUGUACAUUCGCGACGCCACGCUGAUUCCAGCAACUGUACAUAUAUUAACGGACAUAUACUUGAAGAGACGGUUCAGAACCGAAUGCGUUUCGUAGUGAUUAGCGCGAUGGGCCUGCAGGGAUGAGAGUUCGCAUUUGAGUAUGUAUUUGGGGCGGGGGGAGGGGAGGGGCCUGAAGCGGAAGGAUUUAUGUACCACUCGUGUGAGGAUAAAUAUCAAAAUACCAUCGGAAAAGCAAACGAUCAAGAGGAAGUCAGAGUAGAUAAAUAAGUUUCUCCCUAAAUGUAGGAUUAUCCGGAAAAAAAAUAGCUGUAACGGGAGGAGGGAAAUGUGCGCGUAUGUGUGCGUGUUUAGAUGAAAAUAGAGAGGUAAAUGGAGAUAGGCAAAUGUCAGGGAGGGGAAAGGGGAGGGAAAGGGUACGGCGAACGAGAUUUUCCGUGGGUGAAAAAUUUCCUUUCUUUUUCCAGAGAGGACAGCUCGAAAUUCAAUGCGACCCGUCAGCUUGUGAAAAUUACGAGGUGUGGGUGCGCGAGUGCGUGCGUAUAAUGCAUAUUGAAACUGAUUCGAUGAAAUUUCGCAAGUGCCGUUUCGCAUCACGCAAUUAUAUUCCUGUUUGAUCUGCACGGAAACGGGGAGGCAAACGCGAUACACGUAGCUUUCGUCGAAACAAACACACACGUAUGACGUAGUUGACAGAUUUCUAUUCGUUUUUAAGCAUAACGGAUUUAAAAAAUUAAAAAAAAAAACAGAUGUAUCGAUUAGUCAGACGAAGGUUUUUAUACCGGCGCUUUUCUACAACGAGUAAUCCAGAUAUGUACAAUACAAGUGACGCGCUUUCGUCGCAAAAAGAACUAUAAUAGCAAUAGAAGAAAAUUUGUAACAAUGAAUGAAAAACGCAGCCGAGAAAAUGGCCACUGCUGAUUGUUUUAUCACGAAUCGCAAAUCGUGGAGAAUCUGCUCUUCGUCCAGCGUACGAUUUGUACUCUCAGCUGGAAAUUUACGAAACGGCAGCUAACAAUUGAAUAAAAUACUGUACGAGAUAAUCAUUUGCGACGAUGGUUCAUUUGCGCGGAGCACGUGUGUGUUUCCUCCUAACACAUUUCUCUUUAGGUAAUUAUAUUGUUAAUGUGUUUAUAUAAAUACAAUAUAUAUCAUUAUAAUGUAACGGAAGAUGCAGUUGUUAUAAAAAAAUGGCAUUGCUGCGCAAUGCUUAAAGCAAA